AUGCUCGCUGCCGCGGCAGCGCGGUUGGGGCAGCUGGCGGGGCAGCUGGUCUGGUGGGUUUUCAUCGUCAUCCGCUGGGCGCAUGCCAACUUUGUGGCGCGCCCCUGCGACUUCUUUCUAGAUUCCGUGCUGGGCAGCUGGGAGGAGGCGGUACGAGUUUCGGUGCGGGAGAGCUUUGCCUGGAUGGCGCGCGCGAUCAAUGGCCUGUCCGCCCAGGCUGUGUCUCUGUUUGUGGACCCCAAUUACUAUGACUCCAUGCGGGCGGGACGCAGGCGGCCCACAGCCUGGCAGGCAAGUUGCGGCUUGCUCGCUGCGCUGCCGCCCCCAUGCUCGCUGGCGCGGGUCUUUGGCUCUUCCGAGCGCCUUCUCUAUGAGCAGCAGCAGCGGCAGACGGAGAUCCUGCUGGCAGCGGAGCGCCUUCAUGCAGCAGGUGGCAUCCUGGCGCUGCCUCGCCGCCGACGCCGCUGGUUGGGCUUCCUGCGCUGGCCCUUUGGAAAGUGGAGGGCGGCAGGCAGCAGCAGCCACGGCAACAGCCACGAGAAGCUGGGCUCCUCUCCUGGGCUGUCGCCUCCACGCAUGCGCCGCAGCGGCAGCGAGCUGUUUGACCGCCCCUCAGGGUAUGCCAUGGCGGAGGGCAUGCAGCGGCGGGGGCUGCUGGAGGAGGGCCGCAUUGCGCUGGAGCUUGCGGUGACGAUUGUUUUCGAUGCGGUGCGCACCAGCGUGCGAGCGCUCCUCCUGCUGCGUAAGAGGCCCAAGUGGGAGCCGGCGGGGGGCUACCACGGCAGCAGCUGGUUCAGCGACUGGACUGGCGGCGAGCGGCGGGCCACGCGCGGCAGGGCGCGGCAGCGGAGCCUCAGGGCGGCCCGCACCCGCAGCUUUGGCGUGCUGGAGGAUCUCCAGGUCUGGACCGCCGGCUACCCGCUGGAGGAGCAUGUGGUGACCACCGAGGACGGCUGCAUACUGCACAUGCAGCGCAUCCCCCGCAAAGGCUCACGCGACACUGUGUUCUUCCAGCACGGCGUGCUGGACACCUCGCUGGGCUGGGUGUCCAACGGCAUCCAGGGCAGCCAGGCGUUUGCCGCGUGGGACCAGGGCCACGACGUGUGGCUGGGCAACGCGCGCAGCAACCCGCCGCGCAUGCACGCCAACCCCAGGCUGGGCGGCAGCCGCUACUGGAACUACUCUUUGAAUGAGCUGGGCACACAGGACAUUGCCGCACAGAUAGCCCAGAUCCAUGCUGUGAAGAUGCGGGAGCUGCGCCCCGGCAGCGGCUACGGCCAGGCCGGCGGCGCCAUGGAGCGUGCCGCAUCAUUGGGAGCGCCGGCUGGGGCGGUGGGGCACAGCCUGGGCGGCGCUUCCCUGCUCAUCUAUGCCGUGUAUUGCGGCCUGGCGGGGCGCCCGCACCACCUGCGGCGCAUGGUGCUGCUCACUCCUGCCGGCUACCACGCAAACUACCCUUCGGCCGCCUUCCCCUUUGUGUACCUGGUGCCUCUGCUCAUGGCGGGACUGUCCUGGGUGCUGCCCGGCGUGGGAGCCCCGGUCUACAUCCCCAGCUCCCUGCUGCGCUACAUCGCCUUCAAGUUCAGCCACGACCUGCAGCAGAUCCCAGGCCUCAACGAGCUGAUCAGAGCCGCGCUGCGGCUGAUGCUGAAUGGCGACAAGAGCGAGUGGGACCGCGCGCUGCAGAUGCCCCACUACAACACCUACGGCAUGCCCGCCAUCAGCCUGCACACGGGGGCGCACCUCAUCCAGCUCAUCCGGACCCGCCGCUUCCUGAUGUACAACUACGGCUCCGCUGCCGCCAACAGGGCGGCCUACGGGCAGGACACGCCGCUGGACGUGGCCGCCAGCUAUGGCCUGCUGCAGGGGUUACCCGUCGACCUGGUGGCAGGGGGCAGUGAUGGCAUCAUCGCUGAGGUCGAUGUGCACUCCCACUACGAGGCGAUGCGGGCGGCAGGCGUGCAGGUCACGUUCAAACGGUUUCAGAAUGUGGGGCACCUGGACGUGACGUUUGGCAUGAAGGAAGAGAUCCGGAGAUACGUCAUCUCCCGCCUGCUGCUCCCCUGA